AGUCUCCGAAACUUAGUUUUACGAAUUUCAUUAACAAUGCUUCGUGUGAAUCAAUAUCAAAACAAUCAAGUAAACUGGAUAUGAAAGAAGUAACAUCUAUCAAUCGUGAGGUCAAAGUUGAGGACGAAUUUUGUUCAGAUUCAUCUAAUUCUAGAAACAAAGAAGAAUCGACUAAGAGUGGAAAAUCCGAUGUAACUCAACUUUACAAAUUUAAGAAUGAAAAUUUUUCAGAUAUGGUACUUUCAAAUCUAUCUAGUGAUGCUAAUGUAUCUUCUGCAUCGUCUGAUCCCCAUUCUAAGAAAUUUUCUAAUGAAUCUAGUCCACAAGAUAGUAUUUUGGUAAGAAAUAAAAGCCAAGAAUAUUCGCAAAAUGAUUCCGAGGAAACAUUGAAUUCCAGUAAAGAAGAAAUGUCUUUUGUAAAUCGAAAUUUAGAUAAUUUACAAAAUCAAAAGGCGAAAAUUAUAAGAAAUUAUCAUACAGUAUAUAAUAAUAAUACUCUUCUUGAAGAUCGUAACGAAUCUUCAGAAACUUCUUCGAGUAACGAGCAUCUUUUAACAGAAGUGAAAGAAAAACUCUCGAGAAAAAGAAUGAAAUAUUUAAAUAAUAAAUCUCGACAAAAAUUAUUAAAAGAUCUGAUUUCGAUUAUAACAGAUAUUUUAAAAGAUGAUGGUGAUUACAGAAUGGAAGAAAGCGAGCCAAAAAUCAUCACUCAACGUAAGGAUCACCAGGAAAAAUCGAUAGAAUAUAAAGAUUUUGUGGAUUUUGAUGAAACUGAUUCAAAACUUUCAUCACUGUGGAAAAAAGAAGGGAAAAAUCAAUCAAGUGGAUUUAAUUUUGAGAAUUUGGAGAAUAAUGAAAAUCUGGAAUCAUUUGCAUCAAUUCAGAAGAAUCUAGAUAAAACUACGAAUGCCAUGGAAAUCGAAAAUAAACAAAAUCCAUGGACCAAAAACAUGAAAUAUAUGUCAAGCGUUAAGGAAAAUGGAUCAUCUAGCGAUUGUGAAAAUGAUACCCAAGAAGAAAGAUCAGAAUCAAAAGAAUUAUCCGUUGUAUUUCCAUUUAGAGAUCACAAUAAGACAUUCCAAAUUGGCGAUUAUAUUUUAACAGUCGCUUCUGAAGGAUUAAAUUCGUCUCAAUCUACAAAAAAUCAAAACUUGUCAGGAGUAGCCAUUAAUAUUCAUCCUAAUCCCGAUGCCAAUGACUCUUCGUUCAACGCGAAGUUUCAAGUAAGCCAAUUGGUACCAGAACGUACUUCAAUUAAGAAUGCUAAUCAACUAGAAGAUAUAGUUAAGCCAUUUUCUGAUACAAACACAAAUAUUGUUGUAAUGCCAUCUUUGAAAGUCGAGACAAAGAAGGAAGAACCUUACAAUAUCAAAAAGUCUCCAGACUCAAAAAUACAACCCGAGCGAUUCACUUCUCCGGAUAAAAAAUCGAGUCUUUUGUUCCGUAUGCAAGAUGUUCUUUCAUUAAGAGAAUACGAUACACAACCAACAGUUAUCGCUGUUCCUGCACAAGAUCAAUCGAAUAAGUUUCCUGAACAGACAGAACGAACCGAUAUAGCUGCUAUAGUAAUCGCUCCAGGAAGAAAAAACCCGAGCACGCAGAUAAAACACUCGAAGAACCCACAGGAGAAGAAAUGGAGCAAAUUUGCACAAGACGUCAUCAAAAUAUUACCUUCUUCUCUCACGGAUAAACCCAUUGUCAUUAUUUUUCCAUCAAACUCGGAUGAAUUUAACCACAAAAGUUUUCUGGAAAAUGCGAAAAAAGUUACACCACUUGUCUUUGUUCCACCAGCAGCACAGUUUUCUGAGAGAGAAAUUAUUGGAGGAGAGGUUUCUGAGAACUUCUCAACAAAUAUAAAUCAAGCUGUCAUACCUACUAUAGUAGUUAUGCCAUCGAGCUCCAAGCAUACUUUAGUUAAAGUGGAUUGCGCAGAGCCGUUUAAGGUAUCGACAAAGAAUUCAUCGUAUCCAUCUAUUCAGAGUCUUGAUUUACAAGAAUCGAAGUUUUCAAUCACACAGAAUCCGUGUCUUCACGAAGUAUCAUCAAAAAAUCAACCUUUCAAAGAUUCGCUUCUACUUACAGCCGAACCUCGCGAAGGUCAAGUUAGACAACAAAAUAAUAAACAAGGAUUAGUCAGUCAAGCUCCAAAACGCGAGUCUCCCGUAAAUAAGUCAUACUCGCCCCCGAAAAUUAAUGAGAUACAACAGAUUAAAGAGCCAAAAAUGAAGUAUGCCAUGCCAAAAACUAGUAAGAAGAAAGGAAUGGAUAUCUGCUAUUACGGUCACGAAAAAUGUAAUGAUAUUCACGUUUACGCUCACGUCCUGGUGGAUGUUCCGAAAAAGGACGAAUUGGCAGAAUUAUCUCUUCACGAAAAAACUGACGAGAAACAACUGCGUAAACUUACAAUGCAGAAGUUUCCCAAAUCAAAAGCAAAUAAGAAAGGUAUAAAGAUUUGCUAUUACGGUCACGAAAAGUGCGAUGAUCUACACGCACCAUCUUACGUAAUCGUGACGACACCGGAAUUCGGAAAGAAAAAACCGGAAGGAAUUAGUGGAAGAAUCUGUGAAGAUUCGAGUCCAAAAGAGAAAUCGAAGAAACCUCAGGAAGUUACAUUCGGCCAAGCCAACGAUAAGUCUUCAAGUUCGGAUGAUCACGAUGACGACAACGAUAAUAAGAGACGUAAGAAACGUGCUAAAGAAACCAAAUCAAAGAAAUCUCAAACAAAGAAUAAAGGAUGGUUUUCCUCAUUUAAAAAGUAAACGUGCCACGGUCACACUGAAAAAUUCAUUUUUUCUUCAAUCCUCUUAGGAAAUGUUGGCGCUAUCGAUUUCUUUUUGUUGCUUCUUGGGUCACUAAAUUCAUACUAACGAUUAAAAUGUAUAAAAUUAAUAUAAAUACAAUAAAAAAUAUUUAAACUUCUCGAACGUAGUGUACAAUUUUUAAGAACAUACUAUAAUUUUAAUUCUGUUGUAAGAGAGACAUAUAUA